AGUGGAGGCAUGUGGCUUCGAUUCAUAGCUGUAAAAUCCGGCUCACAUUGAUCGCAUCCCCGAGACGCGAGACUAGGACUAAUUUCCAGCAGAAUUAUUAAACGGUAGUCCUGUACAUAAGGCCAUGGCACAUCAAACUUCAUGAGUAUAUUUAUCUGCUGGUAGUACUGAAGCUCUAAAAUACUGGUGGUGUUUGAUCACAAUGGUACACUGAGCCCAUAUUGCACCAAGACCCCAUCUCAGGAUCGCGGGACGGUUCGUACAGACCCCAAAGGCACACGCCGACGGCGGUGUUGGUUGAAAUGGCUGUAGGCGCUCGUUUCCGCUGUGACAGGCGCUAUUCGAGAUCAGGUUUGAUGGUACUCCAGUACAAUAGCUGCAUACUUGGCUUUGAGAAGGUCGCUUGACUGGAGCAGCGACCAUUGCUGCGUUUCAGCUCAUAACUACUUUUGCUACGUCGGUCUCAUGUGGCACUCCACUUUCCUCCUCAUCCUCUUCACGUGCUUCUCGGCUGCACAGAGCGCUUCAGACUUCGAGAGUGGCAGCUCCAGCGAUCUGGCCUCUUCAAGUGGUGCCACUGGUGAUGUCUACAAUGUCUGCCCCGUUGUCGUCGACUUUACUGAAGAGCAAGAUGAUCUCUCGGAUGACGAACUGAAGGCCAACGCCGCUGACGCCGCCAUGUCAGCUUAUCUCCUUAGCCAUCCCAACAACACUUUGUGGGACUACUUCAAAAUCGAGCACAGGCAGAAGAAGGCGAUGAGUCAGCGACUUCCGCUUGCAGAGCGAAUCAAAAAUGCUCUCAAGGGAGUUGUUGACUUUACGGCGAACACCGUCAUCGACCUGGCUCAGGACAUUGCCAGUGCGGUGAAAUGGAUCAUUAACACUCUACGCGAUCCUCUUGUCGGCAUCAAGCAAGUCACUGACUUUUUCAAGACAUUUGGCAAGAAUAUCAAGUCGCUUUGGAAAUUGUUCAAGGAAGAUCCCAAGGACACGUCUAAGAACAUGGCGGGUGGUUUACUGUUACACAUUACGCAUCAUCCGGCUGAGUUUACUGCCGAGACGGUAUUGACGGUUAGUGCUGGUUUUGCGGUGAUCGGAGGUCUCCUGGCUGGUGUUGAGGCUGUCUUCGGAGGGAUGAGUAACAUGAUCUCGAACGUCCUCAUGUCUGUUCUGAUGUUCAUCCAUGCAAUUGACGAUCCGCUCUACAUCGUCACGCCACUCAUUAACUCUGUCGUUGAGACUGCUGGUGCCAUUGGUACUGGCACUAACUCGAGCAACUCAAGCGUUACUCUCACAAUUGAUCCGAUUAAGCCAUUGAAGGCGUGCAAGAUCCCCAAUGCGUACCGUCCGGUGUUCUCCUCGCGCGACUUGUGCUUAAGCUCCCCUGCCAAGGUUCGUGAACUGAUCUUUGGAAGUGCCAAACGCACGUUCAAGAUGACCACCCCAGAGAGAAUUGCUGCCUACAACCACUUCCACGACUUCGUGUGUUGCUUCCUGCAAAACCAAGAGUUUGAGGUGAAUGCACCGAAAAUGGAUCCAACCAAGUUCGAAAAUGAACUCGUCCCGACGCCUGUGAAAAUGCGCAACUGCUCCUUGCUACUUGCUAAUUACAGCGAUGACACGGUGUGGGAAGCCCCCGCUAGUCUGGAUGACUCUACUAGCCUUGAUGAUGUUGACGAUACGAGCAGCGACGAAACCAACUAGACACAGCCUCUAUUAUCAUACUAACUGCUUUUACCCAACACUAAUUCAGAUAGUUUGAACAAACUUUUUGAAAUCAUGGCGUUGUCGUCUAAGUUGCAUUCACCUUAAAUAGCUUAACUUAUAGUGAUAUCUUGCAACAAAGCAAAGUAAAACAAUUCCAUUUUGAGAAUGAUA